GAAAAUCUUUCUUGUUCCGCCAUCAAUGGCAUCUUCUAGAAACAAUGGAAAAUCGAAAAUGGAAUGGGAGAAUCAACAACAAUGGAAGCCAGUUUUUGAAGGUUCUUCCAUGUCAAAUAGACCAUUAAAGAAAAUCAGAAGCCCAGAACGUCAAUACCCAUUUCAAUCUUCAUCAUUUCCUAACCCCACCAUCGCCCCCGCCGGACAACCCAUGAUUUCUUCUUCUCCAUCAUCAAGGCAUAUUUUUCCUUUUGCCUAUAACGAAACCCAAAAUCAACACCAAAUGAUCUCAUUUACCCCCCACCCACAUCAAGGAAUCGAAUAUCCACCAUACUUCGCCACAGAAGCGGCGGCGGCGGCGGAGGCAGCUCAGAAACAGAGUAUGAUUCAGUAUUGGAGUAAUGCUUUGAAUUUAAGCCCUAGAGGAAGAAUGAUGAUGAUGAAUAAAUUAGCACAUGAAGGUACGUCGGCGCUUUUCCGACCGCCGGUAAUUCCGAUCAGUUCAACGAAACUUUAUAGAGGUGUUAGACAGAGACAUUGGGGAAAAUGGGUUGCGGAAAUUCGUUUGCCGAAAAACAGGACACGUCUAUGGUUAGGAACAUUCGACACUGCCGAGGACGCAGCCAUGGCUUAUGAUCGUGAAGCUUAUAAAUUAAGAGGCGAAAAUGCAAAACUGAAUUUCCCUGAGCUUUUUCUCAAUAAGGGUAAGUCAGAAGAAGAAGAAGAUCAUCACCCAGAAACUGAUCAGAAUCAAGAAACGGUUCAAGAUUCGAUUUUGGAUCAAUCUGAUCAGUUACUCCCAAAUCCAAACCCAAACCCUGACCCAAAUUCAAUUAUAGGUACUGGUGUUAGUGAAGAAAUAAUGAUUGUUGGAACAGGGGAGGAAAUUGUUGAGACGUCGGCGCCGGCACCGGCACCGGAGGAGGAGUUUGUUUGGGGAGGAGAAAUGGCGGAGGCAUGGUUGAAUGCAAUUCCGGCAGGUUGGGGACCGGGGAGUCCAGUUUGGGAUGAUUUGGAUAGUAAUAACAAUCUUCUUUUACCAUCAAAUUUUAGUUUUGGUGGUUAUGAUUAUCAUCAACAAGAACAAGAGACAAAUAUUGGGAAUUCUUCAUCUUAUUCAUCAUCGUCAUGUCCUAUGAAUCCUUUCGUUUGGAAUGAUCAAUAUUGAUCAUUUUGUUUGUCAGUUUGGAGUGAAGUUUUAGUGAAUCUCCUUUCCGGCAUUAACAAGACUAAGAAGGGGCUGCUUAUUUCAGGUCUCUUUUUAAGUGCCUUAUCAUUAUUGUUAUUUAAAUUAAAUGUAUUUUAGGGUAGUUUUUUUAAUUUUAUUUCCUUCUUGUUGUUGUUAGAAAAAAGGAUUUAGCUUGAAGUGAGACAGUUUUGAGAUCUCCUUUUUAGCUGUCCUUUUAUAUUAUUAUGUCAUUUUCCCUUGUAAUUAAAUCAUAGAUUAUUAUUAUUAAUUUUUAUUUUUAGGA